AUGGCCAGAGGUCAUCUGAACCUAGUCGGCACAUACUUUGAAGAAAUGGAUGAUGUCUGCCCAGGAGCAGGAGCUGACCUUCUUGCCCUUAUUUCCCAUGGAGUAUCCCGAGAAGUCCGCGGGGAAACAAUUUACAGAAGCUCCACAAAUUCAGCGGGUGCUAAGGAUAACGAAAUCAAUCGGAACAGAAAUACCUGGGCCGCCAAAGCUGCAACUAGGAAACACCAAAGCAAAGUAGAUGAGCGUAUAAUUAUACGUCUCGACAGUCAACAUGAAGCUCGAAAAGCGGAUCCAUUCCUACUCCGACAGCAAGUUCAACAGCCCAUCCCCGACUCAUCGUUGUAG